AUGGGAAACAUGGAAAGUCGUCAAUUUGCAGAUGCGCUAUUGCGAGCAUGUCAAGAAAUAAGCGGGGAUAGCGGGGAUAACCCCCCCGACCGACUGCUAGUCCCGGAGUUUCUUGACGCUAUAGAGGUUUUCCUCGAGCAAAUCAAAUCGAAUUGGGACAAGCUGCCUUCUUCCGUAGCCGAUAUCGUCAAGAACAAAUUCAUCCCCCGCUUCGGCCCAACAGAUGAUCCAAAAAGAGAUCCUGAGGCAUGGGUGCAGCAACAGAUCGUCCGCGAGCCUGAUAACGAUUUUCCGAUCCACCUCUACGAUGAACUCGUACCGCUCAGUCUAUCCAGGACCACAUUUGAGGUUGCCAAAAGAAACGUGUUGCUCGUAGCGUUUAGCAACCUACAGGCCAAGGGCGGUUCUGGUCUUGGCCGAAGCGUGCUAACGAGGUACCUCAUCACAGUGAAGGAAGAGGGAUCUGAAGAGGAGAAACGGAAGAUCAGACAAAACUGCAACUUUUUCGCAACAGCAGGUGACCGGCUGAAAAGCUGCUUGGCGAGUGUCUGGGCAGACAGUCAGACACCGCCAGGGCGCAAGCGCAAACGAAAAACUUCACCCGCACCCAUUGUGUACAUCGAACAAGCCUCACCCCCGCUGCUGAUGACAAGCGAUAGACUGCAGCACAUCGAUACCAACUUGAGUUUUCCGAGUCGAGAUCAUUUUGGGGUUCAAGCUCCCCACCAUCUUCAGGCUUCUCCUGCUGGGGCAAGCCAUCCAUCAGCUGCGCAAGGCACAGGAGGACCCUAUAGUCUCAUCACCCAGCCGGCCCCCGGUACAAGCGAUGAGGAGCUUGUGGGCAUUUCUAGUGAACCACCUUCCGUGGAGCCAGUAUCUGAUGUGGUCGUCCUGGUUGAGGACAACAGGUCGUACCGGGGCGUUGCAGUGAACACUGAGCAGCGACACACGACAUAUUCAAUCGUACCUUCUCGCGAGUACUCCGGGCCUCGCCAGUGGUUUAUCAACGGCGCUAUUGGCGGCGAGCAGAACUCGACGCCUUACAUCUAUGAGUCGGGACCCCAGCGGCCGCUCGCCGUCCAAAAUGUAGUUCCAGACACAGCUUUGUCCGUCAUAUAUGCAAUGAACGGUAAUAUUUCCGGCCUAAGGGAAUUGUUCUCUCAAGGGCGAGCACAACCCGGCGACCAGAGCGCAACCCGAGGGUUUAGCUUGGUGAGGUGGGCGCUCUAUGGUGGACUGAACCAGUAUGCUACAGUGCAGUACCUGCUGCAAGAAGGGGCACCAGUCGACAACGAAUCGUAUGACCACGUGAAUGACUUUAUAUACCGCAAAAAAUGCAACUCAGAAGAGGAAGUGGCUCUAAAACCCAUCUGGAGUGACCGAAAUCGAGACUGGUUUGAUGACCAACACUUUCCACGGAUCCACAGGAUCUUGCUCGCAGAAGAUCCAAAUUUCAGGGUCUUAUUGGUCGACGAGCUCAGGAGGCACCCGAAUGCCAUCUUGGAGAAGGACGCUAAGGGGCGUACGGCUUUAGACUGGGCCACAGCCAGGGCGCAGCUGAAGGUUAUGGAACUCCUCAUUAGAGGUAAAUCAAACGUAAACUCGAUGGAUGAAAGUGGUCGCACCACAGUCUUGCACGCAGUUGACAGUCACAACCACGCAGCUCUUGAAAUGGUCUUGAAAGCUGGCGCGAAUCCCAACCCUGAAAUUCGGGAGGGCUGGCAUCGCAGUAGCCCGCUCACGUCGGCCAGCUUUGGCGGUUUGACAGAGAUGGUCGAUUUACUCCUGGAACAUGGCGCCACAAUCAACACACGCAAUCCGGAAGGUCGAGCGGCACUGCAUACGGCGAUAAUCCGCAACAAGCACGAAAUUCUGCGUAUUUUCAUAGAGAAAUGCGACGGUGAUUGCCUGAGGGAGCUCGAGCUGCUGCCUGUCAUCGCCCAACAUGCGGACGAAAAAGCCAUGUCGAUCCUCGCAACGUCUAGCCAAUUUUUGCAAGGUUUCUAUCACGACUAUGAUGACUCGAUUCGAGACUUUUUGGAACAGCGGGAGGAUUACAGUUCAGAGCUACAUGCAGCAUUUGAUGGAUUACUUAUUGCGGCCAGCGACAGAAGAUCUUCUACGUAG